CAGUGCGCAGCGGACUGCGGUCGCGAAACGAUCGCGCUAACGGACUCGGCGGGGCGGCGCGAGAAAACAGACGCGAUGAAGGGCGAAUAAAGCGGACCGCUAGCCGGGCUCGCAAGGCUCCGUCAUUCACAUAUAAACACACAAGCGCAGCAGCAUCCGCCGGACGAUCUCAAGGUCGCGUGCGGCUAUCCACACACUCGCUACUCUUUUUAUUUACCCUCUCUCUCUUCCCGCCUGUGCCCUCCACUCUACCAUCCCCCCCCACCACCGCUGCCGAUACGCCACUCCAGUUCUUCUCCUCUCAGUUCACACACAGACAGCGCCGAAAUCCCGCUCCUCCCACGCUGACAGCGGCGCUUCCUGCAGUUACGUGAAAAAUCUCGCCGGCAGUGCGUUCCAGCGACCGGUUUUGUUCCGUGCGACCUGUUAUAAACACUGCCGCUGUCUGUUACGUACGUGUCGCUGAUCCUAGCCGCGAGAGCAAAACAAAAAACAAACAUAAAUAAAAACCACAAACACGCGCGCGCGCGGGGAGAAUCAGCUGAGUAGCACGUGGAAAGCGCAGACGGGAAACACAAACAAGUCUCUCUGGCUGUCCUCGCUCCACGCGACAGCAACAUCACCACCGUGUAAACACGCCAGAAAAGUAUUUCAUUGUGCUGGUGACAUCACUCGUACUAACCCAGCGGUCGCAGUUUACCCGGCUGCAUACGCCAUACUACAGGGCCUGUGUUUACAUUCGCUCGACACUAGACGUCAAGAACGCUUCGAGACGACAAACAGUUGCGAAUCUCAACAAGAAAGCCACGGACGUGUGUUCCCUCGGCGACUGGACCUGUGCCAGGGAGAUUUGCGCGGACGAAGACUGUGGAAAACGGCAACAAGGUUCCCCUGAACGCGCCAGACGUCAGCUGUUCAAGAUUUGAACUUCAGUGCACCAGCCUUGCUUCGUCGCAAAAGCCAAUGGUGUCAUAGUCAUAAAUUCGGGAACAAGUAAAUUUCAAAAAGGGCUCUUUUUAGCAGACAUCAGUAUUUUAAAACAGUUUUUGUGCGAUAUUUCUAGCACGGUACAGGAAUUCUCGGACUAACGUUUCUUGCCGAACCAUUGUGUCAACUUAAACUGAUGCUUCAGCGUUUUUCAUUCGCAAACUUACUCAGUAAUAUUUGUUCUGGGAGUCCUUACAAGUGGCUACUAUUAUCCUUCAUGUAACAAAGCUUUGCAGCUAAGACCAAAGAAGGACUUUUAAGGGUUACGGGAGUGCAUAGUGCGCCAGGCAUGUGAGUGAAAUUUGUGUCAGUGAGGACUAAAACAAAAACAUAGUUACAUCAAAAAGGAAGUGUGUGCUUAUUAGGGAGCGUGGAACUGGGGCGGCUGAUACAGGCGUGUGGUUGUGUGAGGUGUUAAGGCGAGGCACGUUCUGGACGGUCUAAGGUUCGAUCUUACGUCGUGAUAAACUGGGUGUCAGGAGUCGAGUCGGGGACCUUUAAGGACAGGCGGACACUGUCGUCGCUGGAGACGCGGCCGUCGACGGGUCAUGCCCUCGCGCCCUCGGCCUGCGAGGAGCAGCUGAUGAUGGACAGUCGACGUCCGGGUCAGGAGCGCCGGAGCUGUUUCGAACGGGAAUCCGGCCGUCAUCUUCAGGAGCAUCUGAAAAGGUAAUACGGAAGUAAUGCAGUAACGUCUUCGCCUUCUCGAAGUAUUGCUACUUCCGCCGCCGAGUCCGGCAGUUGCACCCCCGCCGCCUCCGCCGCCGCCCCCGGGGCGCGGCGGCCGAGCUCCGCCGGCGGCCAUGCCGGCUAGCCCGCGCCUGCAGAGCCGCCAGCCGCCCCCGCGCCGCCCCCGCCGCCGCCUCGCAUGGAGGUGUACCGCAGCACGCGCACCGUCUACGUCACGCUGGGCCGGGACGGGCCACUCGAGGUGGCCGCCUUCAGCGUCGACGCCAGCCUCGACGAGAUCAAGGAGCUGUUCCGGUCCGCGGCGGAGGCGGGCCCGCUGGACAUCGUGAAGCUGUACGGCUGCGACGGCCGCCUGCUUAACAUCUCGCCCGCGCUGAAGGACAACGCGCCCGACCGCCCCUACCGCCUCGAGGUCGUCGCCGCGCACUGCAACGGUAUGCUGCUGGACGAGGUGGGGAUCGACAUCCGGGGUCUGGAGGAAAGGGUGGCCCGACUGGAGCGGCAGAUCCGGGUGGACUUCGAGGAGCUGCCGCCAUCCGUCAGGGACCUCAAGGAGCAGGUGGACGCCUUCAGGAUCAAGCUGGAGACGACGGAGCACCUCAGCUGGAUGGGCUUCUACAAGGAGCUGCCUCCACCGCUCUCCACCGAGGCCUGCCGCCGGCUUCAGUACCGCAGGAAGAGCGACUCCGUCAGGCGGCGAGUCCGGGAGAAGUUCUACAAGAUCUGCGACGCGUCGGUGUCGGCCGAGGUGCGGGCGCGGCUGCGGCAGCCCACGUUCGACGGGUGCCAGUGGGAGGACGAGGAGGUGCUGCUGCUGCUGCAGCUCAUGUACACAGACCUCGAGCUGCACACCCGCUUCGCCAUCGAGCUGCCCGUGCUGCGCCGCUUCCUCUACGAGGUCUACAACAACUACAACGAGGUGCCCUUCCACAACUUCCGGCACUCCUUCUGCGUCGCGCAGAUGAUGUACGCCAUGAUGUGGGCAGUGGACCUCCCCGCCAAGUUGGGCGACCUGGAGACGCUGGUGCUGCUGACGUCAUGCAUCUGUCACGACCUCGACCACCCAGGCUACAACAACAUCUACCAGAUCAACGCCAAGACGGAGCUGGCGCUGCGCUACAACGACAUCUCGCCGCUGGAGAACCACCACUGCUCGGUGGCGUUCCGGAUUCUGGAGCGCCCCGACUGCAACAUCCUCAGGUCGCUGGACGCAGAGGCGUACCGGAGGGCCCGCGAGGGCAUCAUCCGCUGCAUCCUCGCCACCGACAUGGCGCGCCACAAUGAGAUCCUCGACCAGUUCCGAGAGAUCACGCCGCGCUUCGACUUCAAGGACCGCGCUCACGUCAACCUGCUCUGCAUGGUGCUGAUCAAGGUGGCAGACAUCUCUAACGAGGCACGGCCCAUGGAGGUCGCCGAGCCAUGGCUGGACCGACUGCUCCAGGAGUUCUUCAAGCAGAGCGAUGCGGAGAAGCUGGAGGGCCUGCCGGUGACGCCCUUCAUGGACCGAGACAAGAUCACCAAGCCGUCCUCGCAGUGCAGCUUCAUCGGGUUCGUGUUGCUGCCGCUGUUCGAGGCCCUGGGCGAUCUCUUCCCUGCCCUCAACCCGCUGCUGGUGCAGCCGGUGCGCGACGCGCUGGACCACUACCGGAGGCUGAACGAGGCGGCCAAGGACGAGCAGCGCGCGCACCGCAAGAGCGUCAGCGUCGCCGUGGACGCCGGGGGCGGCGCGCAGCUGCCGGGCGACGCCGCCCCCGAGGCGCCGGCUGGCGGCCUCCCCAAGUCCACCUCCGGCCAGUCGGUGCGCUCCAGGAGGGCGUUCGGCUCCAUGGGCGGCCUCAUCCACUCCAAGUCGCGGUCGCGAUCGACCGACGAGGAGGCUCCGCCAGCAGCAGAGUCGGCUGUGGAUGGGUCAGCGCCUGCCGGGCCAGACAACCAGGCCCCAGCUGACGCCAUGCCGGAUGUCGCAGAGGAGGAGCCCGCGGUCGAGAACGACGACGCGCGCUCCGACGAGGAGUUGGAGGACGAGGAGGACGACGAAGAGGAAGCCAUCACAGAGGUGGAGGUCAGCGAGAAGACACUGAAAUUCAAAAUCGCAACUUCUGAGGGCCCAGUGACGUCAACAACUGGCAGGAAGAGCAUUCCCGGCAGUCGCAAAGGCAGCCGCGAGGGCGAGUUUGGCAGUGUGGGGUACUACGGGGGCCGCAAGCGCAGCGUGGCGUCGCCUGCCUCCAGUGGGGGCGGAGAGCUCUGCAAUGGGGGCGGCGCUCCAGGGAGUCACAGUGGCCGGUCCUCGCUAGACAGCCGCCGCCAGGGCCCGCUGCCACCCGACGAGGCCGAGGAGAACCCUCCGGCACCCGCAACACAGACCGUCACCGACUACUCGACUGCUGCUAGCACUCAAGGCACACCCUCUGACAGGGCGCAAGGCCACGCCAAGCCCUCCAUACUGGCCAGGCUGCGGAGCUUCGCAUUCGGGAGCAGUGGCAGUGACCGCAGCAGCCCCAGCAGCCGCGAAGCUACGCCCACCAGGCAGCCGGGUGCGCGCCGCCGCAGCACCGUCAGUGGGAGCCCCGUCAGCGUCAGCGGGGGUGGCGCCACCACCCCGGAGCCGUCUUCUGCACCCGACGGCAAGGCCACCACACUGCCCAAGGCACGCCGCCCCCGUGGGUGGAAGGCACUGAUCGGCAGUGUGAGCAGCAACAGCGUCCACCACCACCGCCUUCACGCGUCCGUGGGCAGCGCGCCGCCUGGCGCAGGGAAGAGGUCACCGCCAAUGUCGGCGUCAUCCACGGCGUCGCCGGUGCGCCAGCAGAAGGAGGCGACGUCGCCGGGCGGCGGGUGGAUCUCUGCGGUCACCUCCACACUGGGCAGUCGGCCCGUGAGACACCACCACCAGCCCCCACAGCGUGCCAACACCGUGGCAGGGGGUGGGCCGGCGGCAGCGGGGUCGGACUGACUGGGGGAUCCGCCGCUGCCCCUCUCACCCUCACCGGAGUGCUCUGCCCCCGGGGGUGGCGGCUCCGGAGGCGAACUGACGUCCCUCUGCUGCUGCUGCUACCCACAGGCCAAGUAGCAAGCUACGUAGGAUGCUCUGUGAAUGUGUCUCGGUGCCCUGUAGUGCACACGACCCCGUGCAAAUGCCUGGCCUUCUCAGCCAAACCGGAGCAGGAAACCCGCAACUCGUGUCAGUGCCGUUGACAGAAUACUUGUGAGAUUUUGUUCCGUUCACCUCCAGAAAGUGUGUUUGGCGUUUCAUCUCUCCAGUCAGACAGUUUCCUAAAUCUGCCCUGUUGUCAUGUACAUCAAAGACAGUUCUCUAACAAAUAUGUCUACCAGAAAUUCCCAGAAGGUCAUAUUACUUUCACACAGUAUUCAAAAAUUAAAACAAGCACAAGAUAUCUAAAUUAAAUAUAUUCUUCUCACUACAUGAAACAGUGAAAACAGGGUCAAAUCAAGAGAUGCAAGCAACUGUUCAUAGCACAGUUAACAGUUUACUGGACUGUACUCCUGGCUGCAUUAGCUGGAAACAUAAUGGCUUUUAAAUAUUACUCGUUGGCCAAUUGGAUGGAUUUAUACGUGCGGACAUGGCUAGCGCAAAUUGCAUGAAAGAAGUAUUGCUUUCACUAAGUCAAUUACAUCACAAGUUGUUCCGUACUCAAAAAUAAGAUCUGUAAACUGAUUGCAUUUUUUGGGAACAAAAUAACUUUGUUUCUUCUCAUUGCAGAAGAGAGAGGAAACAGCUGUAUAUCAAAAGUUGCUACAGAUUACUCAUACAAUGCUUUAUAGUUCCAUGGAUUGCAUGUCUGGCUGAAUUUGCUGGAAGCAUAAUGACAUAAAUAUUUAUUCAUCAGCAAAUAGGGUGAGUCCAUGUUUUUGACUUGUGUGCAUAUAGUUCAAUGAAAGAAAUAUUCACUUCAUUGAUGCCAAUUGUACUCAGACAACAUACAUAAAUUAUAAAUAUUGUCCAGGAAAGAGAAAAUGUAUUUGGUUUUCUUGCCACAAGAGACAAUGGAAAUAGUGUCAAAGCAAGAGAUGGAAGCAACUCAUCACAGUUUAGUGGAUAACAUCUCUGGCUGAAUUAGCCAUAAAUGUAGGGACUUAUAAAUAUUUAUUCUUGAGUAAUUUGGAUGAGCCCGCAUUUAUGGUCACGUUACAUGGACCUGAGGAGCCAAAUUCCAUUGGGUUGCAAAUUUUGAGAAAAGUUAAUGAAAGAUUCGGGUUUUUUUUUCAUUUUUUUUUUUUUUUUUUUUUCAUAUGACUGAAGGUCACGUAUUGCACAGACAAUAGAAAGUAACUGUUCUACCAAAAUGAAUUACAACUGGUUGUCCACACCUCUCCCUCAACCUCAAUGUGAGAGUGAAAACUAUGUUACUGCACUUAAUGGAUCCCAGAUAAAUAAAUGUAUCUUUCUGGUUGGUGGUUGCUGUUUCAUUUGCCUCACCACAUCAGUUACCAUACGAAUUGGCCAUCACUCAGGGGUUAUGUUUUUCUAAAACUCAAUUACAGCAAAUUCUGCACUGUGCCCUUUCCAAAAGAUGCUGUCAAUUCCUUUAGCCAUUCUUAUCCAACCCAAACUUGUUCCCCAUUGCUAAACAGGUCUCCAUAGAGCACUGAAAAUGUAAAUGUCCUUCUCCUUCCUAUUUUUAGUGUUCAUGAAUAACUACUGUUAUAAUCUUUUUCUUUCAUUUAAUUUACUUCAAAGAUUUCUGCUGCCAAAUUUGUGUUACUUGAAUAAAGAAUUUUCAAGCAAGAUACAUUGCUAAGGAGAGACUGAGUGUUGUUUAGAGUAAUGAAUAAUUUUUCAAUUAGUCUUUCUCAGUGGUGAAAUUAUACUGCAGCUAUUUUGAGAAGUGUUGUCUGUUUUGGGAACUAUACUGAAUUGCCUGUUAUUUAUUUGUCAACUGUGCAGAAGGGUGCUGGCACAAUUGUCUUCCACAAUUUUUCUUAAUAUUUUCCUCGCCAUUGCUUUAUCUGUGUCUGAUGUUAGUUAACUUUCCUUCUGUGGGCAUGUUUAUAUAUAACAUCAGGAAAUGCUGCUACACACAGAGAAAUGUGUCAGUUGAAUUUAUGUACUACAGCAUUCGAGUGGUCACAAGGCAGCUUACCUGGCCCUUACAACCUGUUGAUGUUGAUACAUAUUUAUGUAUAAUUUUACAUAAUUUAUUGUCUCUUUUGUAUUAGAAAGGAGGGUAUUAGAAACAAAAUUUCCAUGUGGAGAUGCAGAGGAAAUUCUCAAGGCAACAGUGCAUAUGCGGUUGAAUAAAAGUGACACAAAAAGUAGCUUUGGCAAGCUCCUCCAUCCAGGAAAAGGAAAGAAAGGAUGCAAGGAAUGGGCUACUUGGGGACUAAGUGGGAAGCUUAGCCCAAUACUCAAGAACAAGAAUGGAAAAGAAAUUGAUUCAUCUCUUAUCCUGCUCUAAUCUUUUUCUCUUGUUUUUUUUUUUUUUUAUUUUUUUUUUUAACUCUUGAAUAGUCCUAUGUACUGUCUUUUCUUCAUGAGGGAGUUUCUAGUCCUCUUUCUAAUUUUUUAAUCUUUCAUGGAGGUAAACUAUGCGAUCAUCAGUGCCAUUCCUUGAGCUAGAAGGUAGCAUUUGUGUCUCUGCUUGUGUGCUUUGAUAUGCUCAGCCCCUGGUGAAGUAUGAGACGCCUUUCAAAUGUGCAUCAAUCUAUUAGUAAGAUACCGAGAAACUGGUUAGAUUUAUAAGAUCCACUGGAGAGUGACUUAUGUAGUUGUGCCUUGAGGGAACAAUCAGUUUUAACUGACAAUGAACAAAUUAAAUGACUCAGAAGUACAUAGAAUCAUUAAAUAUUCUUUGGAUGUACAAUUAGCUGGUAUUAGUAACCAUUCUUUCAAUACUUCUGUUGGUUCAGUGUGUUGUGAUCCCAUUCAGACUCUUUGAGACUCAAACUGUUUAGGCAAUCCAUCAAAGUAGAGACAGCAAAUAAUUGUUGGUAAAUUACAGCUUUGACCAGAAUUGAAGUGAAAUUUCCUUGAGAGUACACAGUUUCUGGGCAUUGCAUGACAGAGGUCAUUGGUACUUUUGGGUAGCAUUGCUCUUGUGUGUUUUGCCCAACAAUGUAUGACUUAUUUUCACACAGAGCACAGAAUUUAUGUUGGAUGGCUCUAUUGCAGCACAUUUGAAAAUGAGAUAAAUCUAAAUAUUUGGGGAUCUAUUAAUGCAAACAUAGAAUACCAGUUUCCUGUUUUUGCUUUUAUCUGCUUUUGUUUCCAUGUGGACAAGUGAAUAACAAUUGAACUCAGUUUUUCGAGUCGAAUAACUUGGAUUACAAUAAAGUACAAUGAGCAGUAUACUGCAACAAUUUAAUUUUUAAUAAUUUGCCUUUUUGGACACCAUAUAUGAUUAAUUUUCACAGCAUAUCAUUAGCAUUUCUUGUGUACAGAAGGGAAGUAUGGCACUUUCUUGUGUCAUUGAGUAAGGCUAUUAUCACAUAAUCUCAUUAGGUAAAUGAAAUGAAGUUGUAGGUGAGGGAUACAUAUUUUCCACAUUUGCUUAACAGAAGUGACACCCAUGUGAAAAUGACACUCUCAUGAAACAGAUGUGUACAGGUCCCAAACGAAAAAGAAAGAAAUGUGAUUUAAUUCCAACAAUAAUGGUAGCAUGUUACUGGAUUUUGCUCUGUGUAUACUUUCAACAUAGUAGAAUCUGUUGAUAAACUGCUAUUGCUGAUGCAAUUGAAAUAUGCAAGCGUGUAUCGGGAGUGCUAAAGAAAACUAUUUUGGUCAAAAUAAAAUAUUCUUCCAGAUAAUAUUUAAGGCAUUCAGAUAUCGUGAGGAAAUUCUGUGUGUGAUGAAUUGGAUUCCCCUGACAGUGUCAGCUUUUGAGAUUGUAAAUGACGACAGGAUCAAAAACAUUGUGACUUCCAAAGUCGUUAAGUUAAAGUUACAAUUAGGAAGGACACAGACAUCUUGACUUCUGUUUCUUAGAAAAUGUGAAGUAAAUUUUCUGCAAAUUUAAUGACAAGGAACAUACCUUCACUAUGGAUACUAUAAAAUUAUCUUUUGAACUGAUAAAUCUCCAUGAAGUUUGUAGUGAAUAUGAACUGUGCUGUUGCAUACUACUUAUUUUUAAAGUAUAAAAUCUUGUUACCUAAAGAGAACAUAUUUUUGUUGUUUUUUUCAUCAAUUGUUUUACCAUUCACACUUAGAAAAUAAGCAACUUAUUGUAUGAAAUAUAUGUUCUUUUUCCCCUUCUAGUCACAGUGGCUGCCAUGAGGUAAAUACAAAGAAUGUGUAUGAAUAUACAGUAUGUAUGUAUACAUUAAGGUCACAAAAUGCCAAUGUAAGUAAAGUGUUAUCUUUAGAAAUCAUUGUGAAUUACUGAUAAAACUCUAGUUUAUUAAUUGUGUACAAAGUAGAAAAUAUGAGUUUGAAAACUUUUAUUGUUGUAUGUCUGGAAUAGAUAUUACUACAAGCCAAAUUUGUUCAUAUGUGUUCAGGAUGUGCUUCCUGUAGAGGAUUCAUCUUUUGCAUUUUACUGUUGCGUUUGAAGAUUGUCUGUGACACUGACAAAAAUCUAAUCUAAUAGAACUUGACGUCUGCUAAGCAGUUUCUGUGCUGUAGCACGCACUGAUGAGAGCUAGUUUGAUUGGCCAGUUAGAAGUAAGGUGACGUGUGAAAGAGUCGCACCCACUGACAAUUUAGCCCACUCACUCUGAAGAGAUUAACUGUUUCCUUUUACACAUCAAAAUAGAUUUGAGGAAGCUUUAUUAGCUGACCACUUAAUGUUGGGCUAGAAAGGAGAAUUAGUAAACAAAAUUAAAGAAAGAGCUGUUACCAAUUUCUCAAGAGUAGAUUUCUUCAGUGUCACACCCACUAGUUUUAAAUGCAUCUAAUUUAGAAGGAGGCAGUAAAAGACAGCACAGAAUAGUUUUCUUAACUUGUUCUGUGGGGAGAUUCUGGCAAAAUAGUGUGUCAGCUCUACACACACAAGCUUUUCCUUUAAGUCGAUACACCUUUCUACCAAGCACUAACAGAUUUAAUUACUUGUAGUCUCACACCCUAUUCUGUUCAAUUUAGUAACUGUUUCACAUCAUGUAGCAGUGAUAUUGAUCCCCCUCAGAUGUAGUCAUCUUUCAGCUGUCACUCUGUGAGAAUGUAAUAUUAUUUAUUCCUAGAUUACAUAUACGAAUGUUAUUUUGAAAAUGCUGCAGGUGAAACAGUAUGCUCUUCAGUAACGAAAAAUUUUCAAAAGUUUUUAAUAAAAAUCAGCUAUUCCAUUUAGAACUAUCGCUGACAUAUUUAUCACGAUAGAUUCUGCAACUGUGUUGGAACUUAAAAGACAUCAUCUGUGUUACUAUCUCAGCUGCAAAUUUUUUUAUCAUAUGGCUACUUUUGAUCAGUAUUUGGUCACCGUCACAUCUAUGUAAUUGUGUAAGCGACCUGUUGUAUCCAUAUAUGAAAACUGCUAGUACUGACGUAUUGACUGAAAUUAACCAUAUAAUAAAAAUAAAUUUGCAACGGAGGUAGUAAAAUAGAGUAUAAAAUUAUAUUUUUCAUUUUGAAUCACUGAAGCUCCUUACAGAUUACCAUGCUUUAUCACUGGCUUUUGCUUUGAUUAACUCAAACACAUGUUCAUUGCACAAGUGACAUUUAUUUCUGUGGGUUGUGACUAUUUCAAUUUCAUCUGCAGGCAGUCUUUUUUUAAUAUACCUCAUACAGUGUUUUUGUUAAUUAUAGCAGUAGUACAUGUAGUGUAUAUAUAUGACAGUAUGUGUUGGAAAUCUUUUAAAGUGGAAUAUAAUAAAGAUGUAAAGUACUAUAUAUGAAAGAAAUUAUAUGAAGAUGAAAUGAUCUUAUUGUGUAGAAGGAUAUUUGUGAGCUUGGAAGAAUGUUAAUGCUGACUGUGUUUGUGAGUGUGAGAGAGAGGGAGAGGGGGGGGGGGGGGGGGAGAGAGAGAGAGAGAGAGAGAGAGAGAGAGAGAGAGAGAGAGAGAGAGAAAUGACUAGUAAUAAGUGUUAUAAAUGAUUGUUAUGACAGCAGUAAUUUAUAAAUAUAUUACCUCCUCCAGGAGUACCAAAUCUUUUAAGGUGGAAAAAUUGCUGUAACAAAGUUGCUGGACAACUUUAAAAUAUAUACAAAGAUAUAUACAUAUAAAUAAAUAUAUGUCAAA